UUUGGAGAAAAAAAGCAGCGAUGGAAGUCCGAGGUCAGAGACGUAAACACGUGACACUCUGGAGCUUUUUGGAUUGAAAGCGGCAUUCUUUAAUUAGAACAGUUCCUCUACUUCUGUGGUGGAGCACUCCAUCUUUACAUCGUCUGAGAAAGUGAGAUUGUUCCAUUCAAGUUUAAACAUGGAGCUACGAGGAAUAUUAAUAGGAUUAAUACUUCUUUUUGCCGUAGCACAAUCUAAGAAACUGCCACCAAGCCAAUCUAGCGAAGAAAGGGACCAACUAGAUCUUAUAGCUGAGGAUGAAAUCUCCAAUGAAGUAGACGAAGAUAGUAAAGAAAAUGAAGUUGGAGGUGGCUACACUCCAGAUCCCUGUCUUAAAGUUCAUUGUGGACCUGGAAGAGUUUGUGAAGUAAAUGACAAAGGUAAAGGACAAUGUGUGUGCUUGUCACAAUGUCCUGAAGAAACAGAUGACAGAAGAAAAGUUUGUUCUAAUCACAAUGAAACAUGGAGCAGCGAUUGUGAAAUCUACCGAAUGAGAUGUUUCUGCAGCGAAGAUAAAGCGGAAUGCAAAACUAAGAAAUAUAAGCACGUUCACGUUGAUUACUACGGCGAGUGCCGAGAAAUUCCCAGAUGUAGUGAUGAGGAGAUGGAAGAUUUUCCCAGGAGAAUGAGGGAGUGGCUCUUCAACAUCAUGCAAGAUUUAGCCAACAGGCAAGAACUGGACGAUCCUUAUCUUCAAUUGGAAAAAGAAGCAGAGAAAGAUUUAGCCAAAAGAUGGGCCAACGCUGUUGUUUGGAAGUUCUGCGAUCUGGAUUCACACCCAUUCGACCGAUCUGUGUCAAGGCACGAAUUAUUUCCAAUCCGAGCUCCUCUACUGGCCAUGGAACACUGCAUAGCACCCUUCUUGGACAAAUGCGACGCUGAUGACGAUCAUCGCAUCUCUUUGAAAGAGUGGGGACUCUGCUUGGGAUUACAGGAAAAUGAAAUUGAAGACAAAUGUGCAGAAAUAAGAGAUAACAAUGAGUAAUGAUGAAAUUAAACAAAUUGCUUAUGUGCAAUGUACUCACUGCCUGAACGUUGAUUCUCGGUGCUAUAUUGUAAAGUGGAGUUUCUGUGAAUCAUGUGCCAAAUUAAUGUCUGUUGUGCCUUUGCAAAUUUGUCUAAUUUAUCUUUUUAUACAAAUUGUACUAUCAAUGUUUUGUCAUUUCAAAUUUUAACACUGUGGAUUACUAAAUGUUUAUUUCCUAU